UUAUUCCAAUACCAGAUUUGAAUUACGCAAUUAUUUACAAUUGGUGACCUCCGACUGUGAUCUGGUAGCGGAACUUCACUUCGCUGGAAUUCACCCAGCCUAUUGGACAUCACUGUCAUCGAACUGUGUUUCACAAAUUGCCCGGGCUUCUAUAAAGAUUGUCUAAACAGGUGGUGGAAGUGCGCACUCCUGCUGUUGAAACCACGGACGAGAACAGAGACAUCCUGGUGGGGGAUUGGGUGAGAGUGAAGGUGCAUUCCAGAAAGUGGACGGAGCCAAGGUGGGAAGGGCCCUUCCGGGUAAAAGAGGUAUCAAGCCACUCGUUGCGGGUGAACACGAGCAAGAAAGACGUGUGGUACCACAGGACACACUGUGCCAAGGACAUAGUUCCAGGAAGGACUCUAGAUCAGGUACAACAGGACUUGGCAACAGAAGGGGAGUGAUGAUGAUGUUGUGGUUAGGAGUGGGGCUCGCCUUAUGGGGAACAGUGUUCUCAGCUCCCAAUCAGUACCAUAACAUAGUCAUUACCUUACAGGAAGGGGAAUCUCAAGUGAUGUCCCUAGAACCAUGUAAGAUCUGGUCAUGGAGGAAUAGGGCUAGUGGAAUUGGGGACACUGGUUGCAAUUGGAACCAGAAGGGAAACUGUAACAAAAUGAAUCCCCAUGUGUUAAAGAGAGGUACUUAUCUGUGUGAGGGAAAGUGGUGUCCAUAUUGGGACUAUAUGAUCACAAAUGUUGGCACCUUCUGGGAAUGGCGUAGAGGCUAUCCGUAUGCAUUAGGAGAUGCUUCUAAAGCAGCUAGGUUUUCAAUGAUAAGGGGUAUACAGGGGUCAAAAGGGGGUGCAUGUAAAGGUGAUGAAAUCCUACUAACCAUUCAAGACAUUAAACUUACAGACGCAGGUGUGUACACCUUAGCAGCAGUACGAUCCGGACCAGACACCAUGGGUAUGUUCACCAUCGCAGUCACACCCAAACCUGCAGCUGGGGAGAGACAGACCCAGUUGGACCACACCCCUGCUCCAGGACCAGCUCAACUUCAACCCACUAGGGUACCAAACCCUGUUCAGGUGAUUAAUGUUAGGGAUAUAACGGACAGCGACCAAUUGGGGACAGAAACUGGCUAUGAAGGGAAAGAAAAUAUGUGGUUGGCAUACAUGAGGUAUACGGCUAGGACACUGGCCAGGCAGAAUUGUGUUAUCUGUGGGCAUGCAAGACCUGGGUUGGCAACCCACCCAUUCGCUUUAGGAGAAGGGGAAGGAUGGCAGUGCAUAUUGGAAGAGUUCUACCAUUCACUGCCAAACACCACCCUGUGCAAAGCCCUAAGUUUGAUUUUCCCUGAGGUUCCCCCACAAAAGGCACCUGAGGGAGUUCAGGCUUAUGGAGGUAAUUACAGUUGCAUUACUGGAACAGGUAAGGGUGUUAACUAUGGUAGGCUACCACCCGGGGAUUGUGCUGUGAAUGUAACAAUGAACAGCACUUGGCCAAUAGAGGGUAAAACCCAGACUAAAGGGGUGGCUGAUGUGUGGUGGAUCUGUGGACCAAAUAGAAAACUAACCCCGAUUCUAAAGGGGGACUGGCAGGGCACGUGUGCAUUAGCUAGUUUAAUUAUACCACUGACCAUUAUUGAUGUUUCCUCAGACCAACUUUUGGGGAUUGCCCAGCUAACCUCAGACAGAGAGAGAAUGAGGCGGGGGAGACGUAGUGCCCCAUGGUCAACAGAAGAGGAGAUCCACUCUAACCUGUUGGGGGUGCCUGUGGGAGUACCAUUACAGUUCCAGGCACUCAACAGGAACGAUGGGUUGUGGCAUCUGUUGCCAAUCAUAGGUCCUGCCAUAGAUGCUGCUAAACAGCGAUCUUGGAUAAAUUACAUAUAUUAUAACCAACAGCGAUUUGUUAACUACACACGCACUGCCCUGACUGGAAUGUCCGAACAACUAGAGGCCACCUCUAGGGUGGCUAGGCAAAAUAGACUAGCACUUGACAUGUUGCUUGCUAACCAGGGGGGUGUUUGUAAGAUGUUUGGGGAACAAUGCUGUACGUUUAUUCCUAACAAUACUAGCCCUGACGGGAGCAUAACAAAGGCCCUUGUUGGCCUGGAGAAGUUGUCAGCAGAAAUGGAGAGCAUGGCUGGAGUGGGGAGUGGUGGGCUGUUCUCCUGGCUGAGUGACUGGUUUGGUGAGUACUCUUCUAUGGUGGUUACUGGAUUUCUGACCCUAGUAAUUCACCCCACCAACAGUGGUGAGCUCGCCUAUUAG